AUGCUUCUGAAGUCAGGACUGCUCUUCACUUUGUUUCUGCUUAGCCUCCAAGCCAGUCAAAUUGAAGCUCUCCAUGACCAGAGUUUGACUGGACUCAGAGAUGUUAAGUACAGACACUUCCUGGGAGCCCACACGCUUAUCAAAGAUGCCGCCAGUGUCCAAACAGCACAGGGGAGACAUCGGACAAAGAGGUCAGAGCUCUUCUCCACUGGGGUGAAGGUCUGUCCACAGGAGACAAUGAAGGCUGUCAUUACCAGCCAUCGGGCCUAUUACAAACUCAGAGUUUGUCAGGAGGCGAUUUGGGAGGCGUUUCGUAUCUUCCUGGACAGGGUUCCCAACUCAGACGAGUACAGGUCCUGGGUCUACACCUGCCAGCAUGAAAACCUCUGUAUGGAUGACUUGGCUCUCAACUUCAGCAGCUCUCAGGAGCACCUGGAUAUGGUGGCCAGGAGAGUAGCUGAGCAGAGUGAAAGUGAAGGUGCUGAGGUGGGAACCCCAGAGCCAGAUAUAAAAUGCACUUGGACUCCUCCAAUAAUCCUACUUCCAACUGAAGCGGGGAAUGAGGAUCCAAACAUGAUACCAGAGAACUACGAGGAACACAUUGUUAAGUUCAGUGUUACCAUAGUGGACCAUGGCUAUAGUGAAGCUCUCAGUGAUCCUGAUGCUGCAGACUACCAUGCCAUCACACAAGACCUCGAGGACAAGAUGCUUGAUGUUUUCAAAAAGGUUCCAGGAUUUAAAGAAGUUCGCGUCCUGGGAUUUCGAUCAGAGGAUGUGUCUGUGCGUUACGCUGUGGUUUUUAACGGAGACACAGAGCUUGGCGAGGAGGCUGAGGGUAUCCUAGAAUCAGGCAUGGAGACAUCUGGAGAUGUAAAUGGACCCAAACUGAAGUACAUCGUAGCAAAGGCCUUGACGCAGGAAACAUCAUUUCCAUUGGAUAUCCAAACCCUCAGCUUUGAGGCUGUGACCACAAUUUAUCCAGUUGCUGAGCUGGGCGUUAAUCCCAUGAAGACCAUUUUAUCCCAAGGUGUUGGGCUGCCUACAGAGGACAUUGUCACACCUCCUAUUAUAGAGAACGGUGUUCCUACUGAAAGUUUUUUCCCCACUGUGGACAUCAUAGAGAACUCUUUGGAAGCUUUUACAGUUAAACCAGAAACGCAAACCUUUGUGCCUUUCAUCCCAAACUUCCUCCCAGAAGCCACUCCUGGAGCCAGUGAUGAAGCUCCAGCAAUAGCUGCGGUAGACGAAGAGUCAGCAGAUUAUGGUCUUGAGAGGGUGGCUAACGUUGUGCCACCAGUCACAAUGCUGACAACUAUAUUAGUACAUCCGCUUAACGAGGAAGAGGAAACGGAGCCAGAAUUGGAGGCGAUACAACCAACUGUACAUGACGGGGAAAGCGGGGUUACACCUGAAGAAAAACUGACUGAGGCCGAGGUGGUCCACCAGGAAAUUAUUCAAGAGCAACAGGGCGAGGAACGUCUCCAGGCUCAUAUGAAGGUGACCACUGAUGUACCUAACUGGGCUGAAUCUGGCUCGCCUCAGCCUACAGCACCAAUAACUACAGAAAUUGUUAAAAUUGCCACACGAGAUGAGGUCCCAGGCUCCAUACUUUCAUCUGAACAGGAUGUGAUCCAAGCAGAACAGGGGAUUGAACCUGACAAAGAGGAGCCUGAGAUGGCAAUUUUUCCUAUAUCAGCAACCCCAGAGAGCGGUAUGAGCCAAGGUGAUGGGGUGACACUGAGCUCAGUGGACAUUUCUGCUGAGAAAUCAGACAUUCAAGAGGAUGUAGCACACAGUAUGAAUGGGACAGAGGCGGAAGUGACAGAACCUCUUGAGGAGGACAGCGACAGCGGUAGUGGAUUCCCCUCAGAGUCUGAUGAACGGCCAUACGAGUCAACCGCAGCACCGGCAAUGAGGCAAAUUAGUACCCCUCUGAUGACAGCUUUCGAGAGAAACAAAGAGUUAGUGGUGUUCUUUAGUUUGAGGGUCACUAACAUGGCGUUUUCUGAUGGCCUGUUCAACAAGAGCUCCCCUGAGUACAAAUCAUUGGAGAAUACCUUUCUAGAGCUGACACAGCACUCUGAGCGCAGAGACUCGCCAAACCCUGGAGCUUCCAGUAAAUCUGAGCCUAGGAGACAGAAGAUCUUAGCCUCCAUACCGCUUCUACCCUAUCUACAAUCCAACUUGACUGGAUUUAAACAGCUGGAAAUCCUCAAUUUCAGGAACGGCAGUGUUGUGGUAAACAGCAAGAUGAAACUAGACAAGCCUGUGCCAUAUAAUGUCACAAAAGCUGUGCACUGUGUGCUUGAGGACUUCUGUGACGCUGCAUCUAAACGUCUAGACAUUGAGAUUGACAGCCGUUCUUUGGAUAUAGAGCCAGCUGACCAAGCAGACCCCUGUAAGUUUCUUGCCUGCAAUGAAUUCUCACAGUGUGUAGUAAACAGUUGGACAGGUGAGGCAGAGUGUCUGUGUGACCCUGGGUACAGCAUGGUGGACGGCCUGCCUUGUCAGAGCACAUGUAUCCUGCAGUCUGACUACUGCCUGAAUGGAGGCCAUUGUGAGGUUAUCCCAGGACAUGGAGCCACAUGCAGAUGCCCUGUGGGUAAUUAUUGGCACUACCAUGGAGAACACUGCAAUGAGCUGGUGUUGGUGCCCUUAGACCCUUCGGUUAUUGUAACCUGCCUUGUGGGAAGCCUCUGCCUUGUUUGUGCCAUUAUCGCCAUUUUGAUAUUCAUAAACAAGAAGUGUGUAAGGACCGGAAAGGCUGUCACUUUGGUGCACACCCUUACACCCUAUGCCUUUGAGAAUACUUUGAGAGAAAACCCAGUUUUUGAGAAUGACGAUGGACUCUUGACUCAAGUGUCCACGUUACAGUGUCCUUCGAGUUCUGGUUCUUCUCAAUCCCAGCAAUCUGAGCCAGGCACAUUUGCCUCAAUUGAAAAUAUACAUCUAAGUAUCGAGAUCCCCAGACAACUCUACACAACAAGAUCCGAAAAGUUAGUCUCUGAAAUGGUGGACUUCCAUCACUGCAUACCACACAAUGAGGUGAGGACCCAGAAAACAUGCUGUCUUCUAAGAGCAUCAGAUAAUGAAUGUUUUGAAGUAACCGUUCUCUGA